CAAAAGCCGUGGCAAAACUAUGGGAAGCAUGGAUCUCAUUCGGAAUACAAAGACUUUGGACGAUCUUUUUAAGUUAGAAAGUUGCCCUUCUUUUGGGGGAAUUUGCGAUGGCUACUGCUAGAAGAGAAGACCCGUGUCUAAAGGAACUGUGCUGAAAGUAGCUCAUUCAUGGAGUAAAGGGAGUCGUUUGGGGAUCAUGAGUACAGGAAUGAAGAAACCGCCGGUCGCCCCCAAACCCAAGCUGGUUCAACCGCAGAAAACGUCUCCUCCCCCUAUCGCCCCAAAACCUGAAAUUUUGCUGCCUUCACCCUCACCUUCUGCGAUAAAGAGAGGAAAACCUGCUGUUGCCCCCAAACCAUGCCUCCCCAAAGUCAACCCUCUGAUUCCUCAGAAGCCUCUCCAGACAAGGCAAGAUCCCUGCAAGACCCAGCAUCCUCCUGUCUCCAAAAACGGGGGUCCCGCUGUACUCCCCUUACCCAUAUCACAUUACAUUAUACCUCCCUGCCCUCAAGGUUAUCACCUUGGCAACAGCAACUCAGAGGGUUCGAAGGAAAUAAGUGGAACAGCAGAGGUAGGUGUUGUCAAAGAGGGCGACAGCCCAAAAGAACAGCUGUUCUACAAUGACACGGGGGAACAUGCUGCCCAUCCCGAAUGGGAACAAAUACAUGCUCCCACAGACUCAUUUCACACUUCCACAGGUAAAGCGGAAGAAACACACACUCCUACACCAGAAAAGGACCAAGCGGGUACAGAAAUACAAACUUUAGAGGGCAUAAAGCAUAAACAACAAAGCCUUGUUGAACCCCUUCAAAAGCAAGACCAGUUUGUGGAGCAGAACAAGACCGGGAAUUCUGUUGCUAGCUCCUGCUUCAGUGGAAUUGUUGGCAUUUGUGUCCCCACACCACCUAGCAAGCCACUCCCCGUACCUCAACCACGAUGCCCUCGGAGGGCACUUCUUAGGCAGAAAGUUGUGGAAAUUGCACCCUUGGAGGAUACUCAAGCAGAUACACUUGCAGAAACUUCUGAACGACUUCAAAUAGGCACACCACUGGAAAAUCCUGCCAACACUUCAAAAACAUGUUACACCCACACGGACACACCCCUAAAUACAUGUUCCCCUAAAGAGGACAUGGAAAACACGGACACUGACUCUUCAUGUAACACGGAUCCUUUGCACACGAUAGACUCUUCUCUCAGUGCACAUACUGAAGACACACCUUCUCACCUAGACUCCAUCCAUUAUUCCACUCCGACAAAUGGUGUAACUCUAGCUUACAUGGACACAGCUGAGGAGGAGGAGUCACAACCUCCAGCUCCGCCCCCUCGACAUAAGUCCCUCCCACAAAUGGCCUCAUCAUCAGUGGAUAGUCUACCUUUGCAUUGUCACUUGGAGCCUCACAGUUCUGAGAUUAAGACCUGUGAGGAUGAAGAAGACGAUGAUGAAGAUGAUGGAAUAUAUGGAGAUUUCGCUCGAUACCCAAUAACACGGAGUCUUCCAAAACAGAUUAAGCUCAGCUGUGGAACACAAGUUGCGGCAAUAACCAAGACACCUUCGGACGGGGAGGAGAGGUCUCCGAAGGUCAUGCCCAAGAAGCCCCAACGGAAUAGCCUUCCCGCAUCCGCUGUGUUGCGGAACCAAAAAACGCCUCCGCAAAUGCAUAUGCCUCCACCACUCCCCCAGUCCAGCCCUCCUGUAUUCAGAGAACUCCCUGCACCUCCUCAGGAGAAACCGUCGUGGCGGGUGGCCCUGCCUAGCAUUCCUCUCUUUAGCAGAAACCAACCAACUCGCAGUAACAGCCAACCACAAGCUGGAGGCGUGGGACCUGUAUUUGUCAAACAGAGGGCAAAGUCAUUUUCCUCGGCAGAUCUUCAGCGAGUGGACAAUGGUUCUGGAUCUACUGAGCCAUUGGUGCGAUCCGAACAAGGACGUCGUAGUUUGCGAAAACUUUUAGAACUGCGCGUGUGUGCACGCUUACUUCCGAAGUUGCUUCGCAGUGGACAGUCCCUGGAUUGCACUCGGGCUGAUGCAGAGUACGAGGACCAUAAAGACACACCCACUAACCAGGUCGCACCUAGCGAUGGUGAAGUAGCUCAGGGUGAUAGCGAGGUGGACUGGGGGUUCGAAUAUGAGAAUGUAUAUGAGAGGAUUCCAGAGUACAUGAACCUGCCAUGGGUUUACGCCAACCAGGACUCGGUUACAGGAGUAUAUGAAGAGCAGGAACCAUGCGAGGUGAACAGAUGUUCGGGGAGCGGUGAUCUGUCAGAGGAUGGUUUGAGCUCUAAUGAGGAAGAGGAUAACAGCUCUAACUCCAGCAAGGAGGAAAUGAGCCAAUCAAAAGAUAAAGAGGAGAUAGAGAGGGCAAAGAAGAACAAGGUGGUCCACAUCGCCAUGGAGAUCAUGAGCUCAGAGAAAGUAUUUGUGGAUGUUCUGAAGUUGCUUCACAUUGAUUUCCGGGAUGCGGUUGCCAAAGCAACUCGUGCUAGCGGGAAGCCGUUAGUGGAGGAGAAAGUGUUGAAUCAGAUCUUGUACUAUCUGCCUCAACUUUAUGAACUUAAUAAAGACCUGCUGAAAGAACUGGAGGAGAGAGUAGCCCACUGGUCUGAUCACCAGAGGUUGGCUGAUAUCUUUGUUCAGAAGGGUCCGUACUUGAAGAUGUACUCCACCUAUAUACGAGAGUUUGACCAUAACGUGGCUCUGCUGGACGAACAGUGCCGCAAAAAUCCUCCUUUUGCCAAUGUUGUACGUCAGUUUGAGAUGAGUCCUCGCUGUGCUAGUCUGGCAUUGAAACAUUACCUGCUCAAACCAGUGCAGAGGAUCCCUCAAUACCAACUGCUGCUUACAGAUUAUUUGAAGAACCUUCCUGAGGAUUCGUCCGACUACAAAGACACACAAACUGCUCUUGGUGUGGUGAAGGAAGUUGCAAACCAUGCAAACGACAUUAUGAAACAAGGGGAUAACUUUCAGAAACUGAUGCAGGUUCAGUACAGUCUCAACGGUCAUCAUGAAAUUGUGCAGCCUGGCAGGGUUUUCUUAAAGGAGGGAACCCUGAUGAAACUCUCCAGAAAAGUUAUGCAGCCGAGAAUGUUUUUCCUGUUUAAUGAUAUUCUGCUGUAUACGACACCAGUGCAGUCCGGCCAGUAUAAAGUCAACAGCAUGCUCUCUCUGGCUGGUAUGAAGGUGAGCAAGCCGAGUCAGGAGGCUUAUCAGAAUGAGUUAAACAUUGAGAGUGUGGAGCGCUCCUUCAUACUGUCUGCCAAUUCAGCCACAGAGAGAGAUGAAUGGUUGGAAGCCAUCGCUAAAGCAAUAGAUGACUACACCAGAAAGAAGAUUUCAUUCUUCUCCAGCAAAAGCCAAGAGUUGGAGGGAAUUUCUGACGAUGGUCUUCCGCUGGGCUCUAAAGCUCCAAUCUGGAUUCCAGAUUUGCGGACAACCAUGUGUAUGAUUUGCACCUGUGAGUUCACGCUUACCUGGAGACGUCACCAUUGCCGUGCCUGUGGAAAGGUGGUGUGUCAGGCGUGUUCCUCUAAUAAAUAUUACCUGGAAUACCUGAAGAAUCAGCUGGCACGAGUGUGUGAUCACUGCUAUAUUAAACUACAACACAAGGGUGACCAAUCCAAUGUGACCGUUUCACCUAGUGGGCGGAGUUCCACAUUUGCUUUUUCUAGAAAACAGAAGAAGAUUCCUUCAGCCCUCAAAGAGGUGUCGGCCAACACUGAAAACUCUUCUAUGAGUGGAUACCUACAAAGAUCCAAAGGUCACAAGAAGCCCUGGAAGAGACUGUGGUUUGUCAUCAAGAACAAAGUUCUCUACACUUACGCUGCUAGCGAAGAUGUUGCAGCGUUGGAGAGUCAGCCGCUGCUGGGCUUUUUCCUCAGAGAGGAGAAGACGGGGCCGGCUCAAAAACUACAGUUUAAACUUUACCAUAAAAACACUCUCUACUACAUCUUCAGAGCUGAGGAUAUCCCCACCGCUCAGAGGUGGAUCGAGGCAUUUCAAGAGGCCAUGAUACUUUGACUGGUCUGAUUUGAAUUCAAUAUUGAAUUAUAUAUUUUUUUUUAAAGUUGCUCAUCUGGGUCUUCCUCUGCCUCUAGACUGUGGACACAGGCAGUGAGUCAAGAAGGCACAAAUCAAUUCCAGUGUGAUGCAAUGGAUGCUGGUAGAUGUAGUUUAUACAGUUUAUCUAUCAUAAGCAACCUAAUGAAGGUAAAAUGACAAUGAGUGGCUAUUUAAUCAGACUGCCUCUACUGUAUUUUAAAAAUGUGAGGUAAUUAAUCCAUAGUUCUUAAUGUAAUUUUUGGUAACACUGCCUCUGUGUGCCAUGUCCUUUUGGUGCUUAAUGUUAUCAUGAAACCAGCACAAAAAGCGAACCGGUUCUCAAAGUUCAGAAUCUGAUUGGAUUUUGUGAGCUCUAAAUAUUGAAGCUUUUAUUGACUCCUGAUCAUGAAGUUUACCUACAGACCAUUUUUAAAAUCUAUAUUUAUGCCCACCAUUAGAACACUUGAGUUUUUGAACACUCCAACAUGGUGUCAUAGGGACAUGAUACAAACUGUAACUACAGACAGUUUGAACAUAAUUGGAGGCAUAAUUUGUUGCCUGAUGGUGAAAAUUGUAAAUGUGGUCACAGGUGUCAUUCAUAGUUAAGUCUGAAAGUGCAUGAGCAAGUAUGACACAAGGAAUGGAGAUUUUAGAUUCAACUGUGAAAGCUGGGAGAAAGAAGGCUUAAAAUAAUUGGGCCUCAUUCAUGAAACAUCAGCAGAACUAAUUUGUGCAAAUUGUUCAUAAAUCCAUUUUUACAUACAUUGUCGCAUUCAAUUAAGACAAAAAACACGUUUUCGUUAAUUGCCACAUUCAAUGCAUAAAUCAUUCGCAAAACCAUUCUUACUAAACUGUCACAUUAAGGGCCUUUUUCAUGAAACACAAGCAGAACGAGUUUGUGCAAAUCAUUCAUAAAUCCAUUACUACGUAAAUUGUUACAUUUUAAUUGAAUGCAAAAUUUUACUUCUAUUGGUUUUAUGAAGAAUUUACACAAAUUCGGUCUGCUUUGUGUUUUAUUAGACCCUCAAUGUGUCAGUCAUUCAUAAAACACAUGCUUGUGUAAAUUAUUGCAUUCAGUGUGUAAAUCGUUUGCAAAACAAUUCUUAAUAAAUUGCCACAUUCAGGGCCUUAUUCAUGAAAAACAAUUAGAGUGUAUUUGUAAAAAUCGUUCAUAAAUCCAUUCUUGCAUACAUUGUCAUGAUUCAUUUAAUGCGACAAUUUACUUAAAACAAAAAUACGUUUUUGUAAAUUGCCAUAUUCAGUGCGUAAAUAAUUCGCAAAACAAUUCUUACAAAAUUGUCACAUUCAAGGCCUAAUUAAAACAUGAGCAGAACAAAUUGAUGCAAAUCCUUCAUAAAUCCAUUACUAAGCAAAUUGUUGCGUUUAAUUUAAUGCAACAUUUUUCAUUAGAUUCGUUUACAAAGAAUUUACACAAAUUCGUUCUGUUUGUGUUUUAUUAGGCCUUCAUUGUGUCACUCAUUCAGAAAAACAUUCUUGUGUAAAUUGUCGCAUUCAAUGCGUAUAUCGUUCUUAAAGCAAUUCUUACUAAAUACAUUCAGUGCCUUGUUCAUGAAAAAUGAUCCGAACAAAUUUGUGCGAAUUGUUCAUAAUGCCAUUCUUACGUUCGCACAUUUAAUUGAAUGUGGCAUUUUACGUAAAAUUGGUUUAACGAAGGAUUUAUGCAAAGUCGUUCUGCUUGUAUUUCAUGAGGCCUUCAGUGUAAAAUACAUGUUUGCGUAAAUCGUUACAUUGUUGCAAAUGAUUUAAGCAGUUAAUGCGACAACUUGUCUAAGAAUUGUUUUAUGAAUGAUUGAUGUAAAGUUUCGUGUAAGAAUGGUUUAAUGACUAUUUACACAAAGGUUUACGUUAGAAUGGUUUUACGAAUGAUUUACACAAAUUCAUUUUGCUCGUGUUUGGUGUUCGCUUUUUUAUUGAAAAUCUUUUAAUGAUCUUCAUUUUUUUUAUAAAACUCUUUUGUACAAUGUAGGCCUUUUGACUGAUGUUCUAAACCUUAUACUGGACUGAACUGGAAGUGUACAUAUUCUGUAAAUGGUAAUAUAAUGCAGGUGUAUUUAAAAUAGUUCAGGAUGUUUAGUGGCCUCCAUGAAUUAUGGAUAGGAAAGACACAGUGCCAGGCUUGCUCACUGACUUAGUACUGUUUUUAACUUUUUCUAUAACACACAGUGCAUCGGCUGUGAACAUAGAAAUAAAAGCUAGUGCUCUUAUCAGGAAAAGAUAUAACACACGUUUUCACUCUUUAAUUAUUCUAAAGCACCUUGUUCAGGAUCGCAUCUCCUAACACUUUGACAACAGGAAUGAACUGAUGAUUAUUUUCGUUGCAGUUUUCUCUAAGGUCCUCUAAGCACAGCAAGCCACUGAUCUUUUUUCACUGUUUAAAGUGCAACACAUCCAAGAAAUUUUGUUUUCCAUUGAUAUGGUUCCAUAUGGAUCACUUUUGUGUGUUGAAUGUUUGUUUACAUUUUGUUUUUUGAGUGUUUCAAUUUUGGCAAACUUUACAUACACUGUUAUGUCAAAAAAGUUAUUCCUUUGUUUGUACCAUGUUUUAAGUGUUCCACUUUAAAGAUAAAUGUAUGUUUCUGGUCAUCAUGGCACUGGUUGUUCAUUGUUGCAUCCCAAAGUUGAAAUUGUGUAGAUCACAAAAUGUUUUACAUCCUAAAUUAAUCUGUUAGUACCUAAGGAUUUCAAGGGAGUAGGCCAAUGUAAAUGUAAAGUGCAAAUACAUUUUAAUAAAUAAUGUAAUGUAAUGAAAUAA